GCGAAGCAGCCUUGCAAAACACCCUGGCCUUUGAAUUCUUGCUCUGCUGAUAUUCGCCUGGUACUGCCCCGCCUUUGAGUGUGUUGAGUCACAAGGAGUCACAAGAGGGUCUUGAGAGUCAUAGAAUCCGCAUAAGCCUUGCCGUGUUGGAUCUGUUUUGUCCAAGAUUUUUAUUCACAACGCUCUUGUUUUGUUCGACGAUAUCCAGAACUAUAGCUAAAAAUGGCUGACGCUACGAUUGCCCCAGCCGUUGAGGACACGACGGUUAAUGCCCCUGCCGCAACCGGCAAGCAGGACAUCAACCCGUGGUCCGUCUCUGGAGAGGUCGGCGAGGAUGGCAAGGUCAAGGCCAUCGACUACCGAAAGCUCAUUGACGAGUUCGGCACCAGCUUGAUUGACGAUGCGCUGUUGGAGCGCUGGGAGAAGGUGACGGGAAGCAAGCCGCAUCGAUUUAUGCGCCGUGGAAUUGUCUUUAGCCACAGAGAUCUUACGACAAUUCUUGAUCGUUAUGAGAAGAAUGAACCUUUCUUCCUCUACACUGGACGAGGCCCUAGCAGUGACAGCAUGCACAUUGGACAUACUCAAGUGUUUGAUUUUGUCAAGUGGCUCCAGGAUGUUCUUGACGCUCCCCUGAUUAUCAUGUUGACAGAUGAUGAGAAAUUCCUCUUCUCUGAAAAGCGAACAAUUGAGGAGGUCAUGAGCUACACUCAAACUAACGCCAAGGACAUCAUCUCUGCCGGCUUCGACAUGAAGAAGACCUUCAUCUUUUCUGAUUACGAGUUCAUGGGCGGCGCUUUUUACAGAAACAUUUCUAGAUUCUCCAAGAGGGUCACUUUCAACGUGGCCAAGGCCGUCUUUGGCUUCGAUGGAAGCUCGAACAUCGGCAAGAUUCACUUCCCCAGCAUUCAAGGUGCCACAUCCUUCGCCACAUCCUUCCCCCACAUCUUUGGUGACGAUGAGAAGAAGACGGCCAAGAUCCCCUGCUUGAUUCCUUGCGCCAUUGAUCAGGACCCCUACUUCCGUUUGACGCGAGACUGCGCCGUGAGCCUUCGCUAUGCCAAGCCCUCUCUGGUGCACAUGAGAUUCCUGGAUGCUCUGCAGGGCCCUGGCUCCAAGAUGUCGGCCAGUGACGACACCUCUGCCAUUUUCAUGAAGGACUCGGCCAAGGAGAUCAAGAACAAGGUCAACAAAUACGCCUUCUCAGGAGGUCGUGAGACUGUUGAGGAGCACCGUGAGAAGGGAGGCAACCCGGAUGUCGAUGUUUCAUACCAAUACUUGCAGUUCUUCCUGGAAGAUGAUGAGGAACUGGCCAAGAUUAGGGCAGACUACCUCAGCGGCAAGCUUCUGACUGGCGAGCUCAAGGCGAUAUGCAUUGCGAAACUCCAGGAGUAUGUCGGCGCAUUCCAGGAGAGAAGAGCCAAGGUUACAGACGAGGUCGUGAAGCAGUUCAUGGCCGUCCGCCCGUUAGAGUGGCAGGGAAACCCCAAGGUGCCCCGUGCAGAUCUCGUUGUACCGGUAGUUAAGGCAGAUGAAGCCGCUGCCUCUACAGAAGGUGGCCCCGAAAAGUUGACCAAGAACCAGCUGAAGAAACUGCUCAAGGAGCAGCAGAUUGCGGCGAAGAAGGCUGAGAAGGCGAAACAGAAGGAAGAGGGAGCGGCCAAGGCUGCGGAAGAGGCCAACUAGACUGCGUCUCUGUAUAGGGUAUGCAUUGUUAUAAGAUGAAAUAAGAAAAAAAAAUGUUAAACACCGCUUGCAAGUAUCACUCACUCCACAGGCUUGGGGAGGAGUUUACAGAUAUGCAUUGAAUGGUGUUUGGUAAUACGAUAUACUCCCUAAAAGUAACCACAUCCUUGAGAAUGCUGUAUUACAUACUAAGGUAUGUAGUCUUGUUCGUUCACGUCAAUCAUACAACCUGAUCGAAUAAAAGAGUCACACGGC